AUGGGCCAUGGUUCCUGGGUUCCUGGCGUCGCUGGGGCCGAAGUUUCCAAGAACCAUGGCCAAAUCCCUCCAAUUGCCCCCCCUUCAAGCCCCAAGCUCUGCCGUCCUGCACCAAGUUUGCUGCCGUGUGAGUGGUGCAACCACCUGACGGGCCCGAAUCUAAGCUCCAACGGGACUAAGCAGAACAAGCGGACUCGGCAGACGGAGAGAAGACUACCAGAGAAAACGGACUCGACUCAAGUUCCUCUCCCAUUCCCAGCAGCGCGUGAGCCCCACGGCCGAGAUGCGUAUUCGAGCGGCUUCGAUCGCACUCCCGAGUCCCGCGUGCAGCUUUCCUGGUUGGCGAUGGUCUGUGUGUAA